AUAAAAAAAAAACCCUCUCAAAACGAGGGGAGAGAAAGGCCGAGUGCAUCGGCGCUUUUGUUUUGGAGAAGCAAAGCAAAACACGAAGCAGUAGCGUGAGAGGAGCUACGAACCAGAUAGCAGGCCCCUAACCCACUCGGAGACGGAGUUCGAUCUUUAAACAUCCAAGCUGUCGAGAUGGAUGAUCCAGAGCUAGAAGCCAUUAGGCAAAGAAGGAUACAAGAAUUGAUGGCACAACAUGGCCUGGGUAGUCAGCAAAAUGCAGGACAACAGAAAGCACAAGAAGAUGCCAAAAGGGAAGCUGAAGAACACAGACAGUUGAUGCUUAGUCAGAUAUUGUCUGCUCAAGCAAGAGAAAGAUUAGCUCGUAUUGCUUUGGUGAAGCCUGACAAGGCAAGAGGAGUAGAAGAUGUGCUUCUUAGAGCUGCUCAAAUGGGACAGAUCUCUGAAAAGGUAUCUGAAGAGAGGCUUAUUUCACUUCUUGAGCAGAUCAACAACCAAACAAGCAAACAGACUAAAGUUACGAUUCAAAGGCGUCGGAGUGUUCUCGAAGAUGAUGAUUAAGUCUAGGUCUCUUCCUACAGUCUUUUGGUGGUUGAUGGAGUUAAUAGUGGGUGAAUUGUUGUAAAUGACCGAAGGCCCAAUCUCUUCCUACAUCAUAUUAUCGCUUCAUGACAAUUCCAGCUACUUUUGAAUGAACUUUAUAAGGUUGUCUGCUCUUCAAAUUUAAGCACUGUGCUUGUCUAUUGUAACUGUUAUUACUUAACGGUAUAGAGUGUUGUUGGGAUGAUCAAUCACCUCUUGGAAUUUGUUAGGGACGUCAUGCUCCAACAAGGUUAGUUUGAAGUAAGAUGCAUUUUGAAAUUUCUGCUUGAAAA